GUCUUGGUUAUCCAAGCUUAAAAUUCAGGAGUUGGACAAGGCAAGUUUCCCAGCUCUCAUCAUCUAUGAAUCUCUGAAGCAUCAUUACACACAUCACAGCAGACCUGGGCUCAGUUCUCUAGCUCUCGAUUCUGUUGAGGCUGCGGCUCAUUUUCAAAAUCCAGUUCAAAUUGCACCAGGAAAGAUAGCAGUAAGUUAAGGCUAGAAAAACCCAAUGGUGAAGGGCACCUCUCUCAGACCAAGAGCUGCAAGUGCCCCCCAUUGUUGCCAUCCUUUGGGUUUCAAUCUCUCUCUUCUUCCACUUUCUCCAAAUUUCAGAGUUCUCAAUCAUUGGUAUAUGGACCAUUGCUCCUUUCCCCCUCAAGUUUCAUUCUUGCCCCCAUUUCAGCAGGUCCCAACUAUCCCCAAAUCCGAUGCCUGGCCGAGGCAAGGGCCCGUGGAUCUGGGGUCUGGUCAGAACAGGACGUCUGUCACUGAAUUCAUCCUGCUGGGGCUGACGGAUCGUCAGGAACUGAAACCCGUCCUCUUCACUGUCUUUCUCCUGGCCUACGUAGCCACUGUGGGUGGCAACCUGAGCAUCUUGGCUGCCAUCUUGGUGGAACCCAAACUGCACACACCCAUGUACUUCUUCCUGGGGAACUUGUCUCUCCUCGACAUUGGAUGCAUCACUGUCACAGUGCCCCCAAUGCUGGUACAGCUUCUGUCCCGAGAUCUCUCCGUUUCCUUUGCUUCCUGCUUUUCCCAGCUCUUCUUCUUUCACCUUCUGGCCGGUGUGGAUUGCCACCUACUGACUGCCAUGGCCUACGAUCGCUUCUUGGCUAUUUGCCGCCCACUGACCUACGCCACCCGAAUGAGCAGGGCCAUCCAGGGGAGUCUGAUAGGCAUAUGCUGGACCAUCUCUUUCUGCAAUGCACUGACCCACACGGUGGCUCUGUCCGUGCUCAGCUUCUGUGGUCCCAAUUUGGUAAACCACUUCUACUGUGAUGUGCCGCCACUUUUUGGGCUCUCCUGCUCCAGUACCAGUCUCAAUGAGAAGCUGCUCUUUGUAGGUGCAGUCUUCAUGGGAGUGGUGCCCCUGGCGCUCAUCUCUACCUCUUACGCCCACGUAGCCGCUGCCGUGCUGCGAAUCCGUUCGGCCGAGGGCCGGAAGAAGGCCUUCUCCACCUGCACCUCACACCUGACCAUCGUGUGCAUCUUCUAUGGCACAGGCUUCUUCAGCUACAUGCGCCUGGGCUCUGUUAACGCCUCAGACAAGGACAAAGCCAUUGGGAUCUUGAACACUAUCCUCAGCCCUAUGUUAAACCCACUCAUCUACAGCCUCCGGAACCCUGAUGUUCAGGGUGCCCUGCGAAGGGUGUUCAUGGGCCGGAGACCCAUGGAAUAAGGAGACUACAGCCCCCAGAGCCUCUUUGCUUCUUUCUUCCUUUCCUUCCUUCCUUCUCUCUUUUUCUUUUUUCCACCUUUCUGUCUUUCUUUUCUUUUUCCUUCAUCUUUCUCCAUUUACAUUUUCCUUCAUUUCUUUUCUUUCUCCUUUCUCUUCUACCCUUAAAACUUCACUUCCUUUCUCCUCUCCUUUUUCUACCUCAUUCUUUCAUGCUCUCCUUGCCUUACCCUUUUCCUUCUUCCCUUCCUCCUUUACUCCUUUCUCUCAUUUUUCUCUCCUUUUCCUCCUUUCCAACUCUUCUCUCUUUCAUUUCUCCUUCACUCCCCCCCUCCAAAAAAAAAAAAUGAGUGGAUUGUCCAAAGGUCACACGGUAAGUUGUGACAGAGCUUGUACUCAUACCCAGAUGAAAGGGGAUGAGUAAGAGACAAAAGAUGGGGGGGGACAGAAUGAAUACAAAAGGAAAGGAGAAUGUGAGCCAAAGGUAGUUCUGAGGCAGAAUAUGGCGAGACUUGGUUGGAGAACUUUUUCUUAUGUUCAAAUGAAUUUCAAACAUUCAAUACAAGAAGGGUUCUGCCCCCUCUAGGGAAGGAGGCUUCCAGCGAGCCCUUCUCUGUGUGGUAGGAGUUCUGGCUCUGUGAGGAGACUCCAGGCUAAGGAAAUUGGGCUUUUCUAAAGAAGGAAUGGAGCUGGGGAUUGGGGAGUAGUUGUCAUUCAAAGUUUGUUUUCUAAAGAAAACAGAAUUUCUGCUUGGAAAUGCAAUUUGAAAGGGGUUGGGUUGUCCCCAAUAUAGUUCCUAGAUUGAUUCUGCUUUAUCAUGAGAAGGGGAUUUUGGUAGAAACCAGAGGGUAGGAAAUUUUUCCUUGGAUGGAGAAAGUAGGAAGUUACUACUAAGCCAAUUAGGA